AUGAAGGAUAGCAUCGUGAACCCGCCGGAGAAGGACCCGAAUUCGAUCAUGACUGUAGCUGACCAAGGUCAGGGAGGUCUCGAGGAAAAAACCCGAUCAAAUUCGACCACUCAGUCGUCGAUUGCUCUGACAAAGGACAACCCUGCCAUCACAACUCCCCAGCGCCGCAGCAAGCGAAACCCUUCAAAAACCGCCGAGGAUGGCGCAAUGAAAGGUCGCUCGCUCCUCCCAUCUGAAGUUGCCCAAGGUCAGGUUGGCCUCAUGGCCAAAGCUCGAUCGAACUCUACCACUCCUUUGUCGAUCGAUCUCACCAAGGAUAAUCCUGAUCCCACGAUUACCAAGAGCCAACGCAAGCAACCCCCUCCUUCCAAAACCGCCGAGGACGGCGCAGUGCAAGGACGACCGCUUGUUGCGUACAACAAGAAACUAAAGGUGUCCAAGUUUCACCGGCUCUACAAGAAGGCUUGGAGGCAGGAGGUUUUUGGGAACCAAGCAUUUAUCACCUGGUCCUCUCGCACCGCGGAACACUUUGGUCAGGCAAUAUCCAAAUGCCCCG